AUCUGUAUGUAUGGGAGAGUUGGAGGUAGUGGAGAGUGCACCGAGUGUGGAGGCAGGAAGCAGUGAAGCAGAACCAGAAGAAGAGGCUGAAACCUAAAGCAAACCUGUAAUUUUGUGCUGAGGUCAAAAGAGCAGGCACAACAACUUGUGGAGUGGCCUUGUUUAUUUAUUUAUUUCUUCUGGUGUGCCCAAAUCUUUGUGGGAUUGUCUCUGAGGCCAUCUGGCUGGAGCUUUGUCAGGAUUUUAUGCUUUGAGCCUGGGGCCGACUGUGGCCACCUGCAUGGGUCUCAACCUGAGUUAUUGCUGCAACAGGAUGUCUAUGUCCUGAGUUUGUCCUUUAAACAAAACACAACAUGAGUGAAGGAGAAAGUAUUUUUUCAUUCAACCACUAUCUGUCAAAAAAGUAGAGCACCAUGGAGUCUGUGGUGAGAGUAAAAAAGUCACUGAAGACGCCCAUCAGGACACUGACCAGCUGCGUGUCAGGGGUGAAGGAGAAGAAGAAACUGUACACAAAACACAGGAACAGAAGAGGAAGAGGAAGAGGAGGAGGAGGAGGAAGAGGAGGAAGAGGAGGAUGCAACAAGUGGAGGAGGACUCCCCCUCUACGGAGCACUCACCACAAAGACACAUCAGUCAUCCGCUCAUACCAGGCCGACCUGGAGAAGGAGAGAAAGCUGCGGGAAGCAAUGAACGCUCAGAAAAAUGCAGAGAGAGCAGCCAUGAGAACUCACUUCAGGAGGAAAUAUCAGCUGUCUGAGGACUCAAAGGACUCAAACCACUUGAGGUCUGUUGGAGGUAAAGUGUCGCUCCCCCGUGAGCUGUCGAAGAUCAUACGUCCUGAAACAAAAACCAAGGAUAACGGUUUCAACCUGUUGAGCGCGUUUCAAGGCCUCAGCUUCAACUCAGCGGUGCUCACAGGCAGGAAACACAGCACGGCGCCCACUCCCACACCAUUAAAUGUGGACUCCUGUAAAGUCAUGUGAUUAUCAGCACACUGCCUUGCAAUUGUGUUAGUUUGAAAAAUGUCCUUGUACAUGAUCCCAGCUGGAUUCCAGCUGUCAGACUUUUAUUUUAUAUGUAUUUUUUGUCAUGUGUUGCAAUAUUAUGAGUAACUGCAACACAAUGUUAAUAUAUUUUGUAAAAAGAUUGUUUCAUAUCUUAGACUGAGAAUGUCAUCAAGCAUGUGAAUGCAAAUGACUCUUUGACUACAGCUAUACUCACGCACUGCAUUAGAUUUUAAGUAGCAAAACAUACUUUUUAAUAAGGUAUUACUGUACAUUAAUAGACAAUAUAAGGUUUCAUUAUCAAAAUACCUCAAAGCAGUAACAUUGGAUCAUAAUCUUUUUUGAUUACAUGAUAAAUUAGUAUCUUAUAAUAUUACAUAAAAUCAAUUUCUAUGAGCUGAUGACAGAAAAUGUCUUCAGACUCAGUUAUUGUAUUAUAAAUGAUGUAGUCUUUACUUCAGCCCUAUAAAUGUUAUUGAUCAAACACUGAUUUACGCACAAGUAAGGAACCUCAGGGAAACACAUUUACUGUUCACAGGAGUAAUCUCUAACUUCUUUCAUGUGUGUUUAUAGACCAAACUGUAUUCCUUAUGUAUUAUGAGCCAAAUGUUCUUUCUGUUUGUCAUUGAACUUAUACUGUACAUAAGUCGUAUCAUGCCAUCUCAUCUAAUCUUUUUAUACAACAUGAAGCAAAAGCCAACCAACAGACACAUAUACUGUAUAUUUUUAUUUUUUGUUGAACAGCUAUGAUUUGACCUUGUAGUAAAGCUUUCUUUGGUCUGA